GUUAAAAGUGAGUCUAGUGCAGGGCAACUCCAGUAGCGUAGUCUAUGAAAGUGCACUGUGUGCUUUAUUAUCUGGUGCAGGAAUGUAAACAUCUGUAGUUCUAUAUAUAUAAACAUACAAAGAGUGCAGUUGCAAUGUAAAUCUGUAAAGACAUAUAGUAGAUGUAAGUGCUAAUAAUAAAUAUUGAUAAGUUAAAGUGUUCGGAGCUGCUUGUUUGAAACUUUUCUCCCCUGGUUUCCUAAACUUGUCUGGUUUCUGGUUUCUGGUUUCUGGUUUGAGCCACAAUUAAUGACGCGGCUAAACUCACUAAUUGGCCUCUUAAUUGAUGAGAGGAUAUUAACAGAGUAAAGCAGUAUAAAAGCAAUCAGGUCUUUAAAAGUGCUAUAUAUGAAAACCCAAUGACUCUCCAGUAGUUCUAUAGUUUCAGUAGAAAUGUCCUCAUUUCAGAGUUUAUGAAAAAUAAAUCUAAUCUUAACACUACUAAUAAAUAUUGAUACGUUAAAGUGUUUGGCUCUGCUUGCUCGGUGCAUCUCAAACUUUUCUCCCCUGGUCUCCUAAACUUGUCUGGUCCCUCUGGUUUGAGCCCCAAUUAAUGACGCGGCUAAACUCAUUAAUUGGCCUCUUAAUUGGCUCCUGCUGCUGCGCGCGCUGCUUCCUUAGCGUCGCGCCAUCCCUCCAUCUCUCCAUCCUCCUGCUGCCAGACAUCACAUUCCCACCUUGUCACAAGGAUUUAGGGUCAGCCUCUCUCCUCUCUCAGACUGGUAAGGUGCUCUCUCCUCCUCCUCCUCCUCCUCCUCCACCUCUAUCAGUAUCUCCCUCCCACUCUAUCUCCGUGUUUUAUGUCUGCGUCACAACAAGUCGGCGGAGAGCGAGAGGAAAGGGAUGAUGGCGUCUCUGGCGGCUUGAUUCCGCCGCUGCUCUGACAAAACCCGCCUUAAUAGCAUCAAUAGGUGGAGGAGAGAGAGAGGAGAGGAGGGGGGAGAGCAGAAAGCGACGGGGACAUGACGAAACGGCAUCACGGAGGACGGACAAACUAGAGACUGAGAGACGGACAGUCGCCUCUUUCCUCCUCCUCCUCCUCCUCCUCCUCACUUGACUGACACACACACAGAGGCGCUCUGCACAGACAGACACAUACAUGCACAUCAUCCACUUUUUGCAAACACGCAGGCUGCGCAUCCGAGCAGGCAGUAAUUGGGCAGCAGAGAUCCACAGCAGCAGAUGAGGAGCAUUUCAUGUCCAGCCUGCUCAGGAAUCACUGUGACCCCGACGGAGAGGAGUUCGACUUGACAGGAUGGGGGGAGUAAGUGAAGGAGAUGAUGUGUUGGCUCGAUGGAGUGAUGGACUACUGUACCUUGGCAAUGUGAAAAGAGUAGAUGGAGUCAAGCAAUGUUGUCUGGUGAGAUUUGAGGACAACUCGGAGUUCUGGGUGCUGAGAAAGGACAUUCACUCGUUCGCUGCUGGAGUGGAAGAAGUUUGCUGUAUUUGUGACGCUCCGCCUCUUAAAGAACCCCUCAUAAAUUGUCUUAAAUGUCGCCACGGUUAUCAUCCAGAGUGCCACACGCCAACCAUCGAACCGGAAGCUGACAGCGACUCGUGGAUAUGUCGGCAAUGUGUCUUUGCAGUCGCAACCAAGAGAGGCGGGGCGCUCAAACGGGGACGCUUCGCCCGGCUCAUGCAAUUCAUGAAACUCCGGCUCCCCUACCAGCUGUCAUCUUUAGACUGGGACCCGCAGCAUCUGACCAAUCAGCAGCAGUGCUACUGCUACUGUGCCGGACCUGGAGAGUGGAACCUGAAGAUGUUGCAGUGUGGAAGCUGUGGUCAGUGGUUCCACGAGGCCUGCACGCAGUGUCUAACCAAGCCCUUGCUGUAUGGAGACAGGUUUUAUCAGUUCCAGUGCUCAGUCUGUACAAAGGGACCAGAGACCAUCCAAAGACUACCCAUGACCUGGAUGGACUUGGCUCAUUUAGUGCUCUACCAUCUCUCGCUGUGCUGCAAGAGGAAAUACUUUGAUUUUGACCAUGAAAUCCUGUCCUUCACCAAUGAGAAUUGGGACUCGUUGCUCCUGGGCGCGCUCUCUGACACGCCAAGGCAAGACCGCUGUCACAAUCUCCUCAACGCUCUGAACUCCCACAAGGACAGGUUUGUCUCUGGGAAGGAGAUCAAGAAGAAGAAGUGUCUUUUUGGGCUCCAGGUCCGAGCCCCGCCUCCACUGACGUCCGAUUCGUCGCCGCUCAUCACCGACCCCCCUAUCAACAUCACGCACCGGAGAAGCCCGUUGUCACUACCCUGCCAGAGGAGAGUGGGGGGGCCAGAGUCACGUAAAUCAAAGCGUCGCAUCAUGGAGACACAGGCUUGUCCACCCCCAGUUGCUGCCAACCCCAUUGAGCUGCUGCCAUGUUGCCAUGGCUACAUGGGAGGGGCCAGCCUUUACAACUCCAGGAAGUCAGAGGAGGACCUUAGUUUGAGCUCUCCUCCCAAGCGGAUGUAUGCCCUGUACCACACCUCGUACAACGGAAAUACUGCUCUCUCCAGGAGUCUCCAUCACUACAACAGCGUGGAGGACACCUGCAGAGUACCACCACCUUGCUUCCCAUACCCCCUCAACUCCAACGGCAGCCAUCACCACCACCACUCUCACCAGCACCAUCACAGCCACCAACACAACCACCAACACAACCACCAACACAACCACCAACAUAACCACCAACAACAGCCGGGGCAAAAGCAGCUGGAGCCCCUCAUCCUACGUGAUAUGCCCCCGUACCAGGCUGGUAUGGACGGAGGGGGUGGCGUAGGUGGAGGAGGCGGAGGCGGAGGCGGAGGAGGAGGAGGAGGUGGCGGUGGCGGUGGCGGUGGCGGUGGAGGAGGGAGCGUGGUAGUCGGAGGAGGAGACGGGACAGUGACCAGGAGCUGGGGAGGAGGGGAGGCAGUGAGGAUCUUGGCGAGACGCGUCACGCCGGACGGGAAGGUGCAGUACCUCGUGGAGUGGGAGAACGUGAAUUUGUACUGACACAAAGGGAGUAAACACGAGACGCAAUGACUGUUUUGCAGUUGCCACAGGAAUACUGUGUAUGUACAAUGUGGCAGUGUUUAAAGUACAAACAACACAAAAAAG